AGCAGGUAGUGAAGCAGAACUGGACACUGAUUGAAUUCUCACUGGCAUCUUAUUCAGGAGCAAAAGAAUGCUUUACACUGACUUACUGCGGCUGUGGGAUGAGGAGGUGCAGGCGAUGGAUGCCAAGGACUGGCUGGGGGCUCUGGCUAAACUUGAGGAGAUCAGUGAACACACGUCUCGCACUCUGUUCAAUACUGCCGCCGCUCACCUGUGUCUGGGACAGCUGGACCUGGCCUUAAAGGGUUUAGACAUGACCAUUGCCAAGGAUGAACGUCUCGCUGUCGGCUUCUUCCAGAGAUCAGCAGUGAUGAUGCAGGUUGACAGGUUGGAAGAGGCUCUCUCAGACUGUAUCUGGGCCCAGAAGCACAUGAGAGGAAACACGGUCAUCGACUACAAACAGCUGGGACUGCGAUUCAAACUCUACAGCUGGCAGGUGUUAUAUAAUGCAGCAGCUGUGUACUGUCGGAUGGGCCAGUGGGAGCAGGCCAGGAAGGUGCUGCUGUCAGUGUCUCAGGAGAGAGGAGGAGGUCGAGGAGGAAACAUAGAGGUGGCUUUAGACAGUAUCACGAAUCAGGAGGUCCUGGCUCCUCUCCUGGUGCCUGAGGGUGUGGUGUUUCGUCCAAGGAAACAGGAUGUGGAACAGCUCAAGCAGAGAGACUUUCUGGGCAAAGCAAAGGUGAUUUCCUCCAUGAUUCCUAAUGAUGAUUUUGGAGGCUUUGAACCUCUCAGGAUGCAGAAGCCUGGUUUCUAUGAGCCCAAAGUGGAUGGAGCACAGGAUUCUCGAUACAUGCGUAUGCAGGUUCCUUUCAUGGCUCGGGGUCCGGGCCAGUUGACAGUGCCUGGAGGGGCAAUGUUAUUUUUAUUCGGUGAGGAGGACAGGGAUGGGAUGGCAACUGUCAUAUAUGAUGGACAGAGAGGACUUGUACCAAUGUCCCUGCUCGAGCCCGCAGAAGUCAAGACAACCAAAAGCAAAAAGGAAAAGAGAGUUCCCAACGGGAUCCCUCUCCCACCGGAACUCAAGCCACCCACUCGCCCAAAGGCCCAGUUCAACACUUCAGCUCCUCCUCGGGUGCGUUCUAUCUCAGACACUCCACCUCCAUCCUACACCACUGCCACCCACGCACCGCUGCCAGCCUCCGAGCCUCCUAAGUACACAGCCAACGCAGCCAGCGACCAGAAUCCCAGCUCAUCUCAGGGAGCAGAGGAAGAAUCUGUGGUGGUGAAGGUCCACUACACGUACACCGUGGCUCUGUCUGUCCCUCUGGACACACCGUACCAUGAGCUGAAGGAACAAAUCGCACAAAAAUUGGGCCAGCCGGCAUCUCAUCUGCGCCUCAGACAAAAGCAGCAUGGCUCACGGGUGUUGGUUCCUCUGUGUGGGGAGGUGGAGCCGGGCGGCACCAUGCAAGAGGUGGCCGAGGCUGGCAGAGCUACUCUGUGGUGCCAGACAGAAGACCCCCUGGCCAACCGUACCAUCCUCUACCAGAUGGUGGCGCUGUAUGACUAUGCUGCUCAGGGCCCGGAGGACCUGGAGUUCAGCGAAGGGGAAACCAUCGACAUCCUGGGUGAAGUUAAUGAGGAGUGGCUGGAGGGACACUGCGCAGGAAAUAUAGGCAUCUUCCCCAGCUGCUUUGCCUACAGGGAGAACGCCGACAUCAGUGAGACCUCCCAGUUAUAAAAGCAGAGCGUGUCAUUGCGGAGUUAUCUCAAACCAACACAUUUACCUGUGCUGGCUAUUUACACCCUCCAAAGAAGCACUGUAGAGUACCAGCACCUUUAGAACAGCUUACAGUGCAUCUACUGACUUUAUCAUCCUACUAACACAUGUCUGAUAUGGCACCACUGUAAUAUUUUUGCAGUAUUUCUAUGGUCCUGAAACCUGCUGUAACUGCUGA